AUGGCGACGCGGCGUGGCGGGCGCGCUUCCGGCCAGCUCAGCAGCCGCUUCCGGCGCUCGGCUGCGCGUCCCGAGGGCUCGAUUCCUCCCGCCCCCGAGCACCGGGGCUCAGCUUCGUGCCCAGCACCGGCUCCUGCACGGCCGCGUCCACCUCCGCGCAGCGCCGCCCCGAGGCACCCACCGAGCCCGAGAGGAGCAGGCCGAGACGCGCUCCCGCCGCCAUGCUGCACAUCUUCCGCUCCAUCCCCACGCAGAUGGACUACAAGGGCCAAAAGUUAGCAGAACAGAUUUUUCAAGGAAUCAUUCUUGUCUCUGCAGUAAUUGGUUUCAUCUAUGGAUACAUCACUGAGCAGUUUGGAUGGACUGUCUACAUAGUGAUGGCUGGAUUUGCUUUAUCAUGUUUGCUGACACUGCCUCCGUGGCCGAUGUACCGCCGCAAUCCUCUGAAGUGGCUCCCUGUCCAGGAGUCGGGAACAGAAGAAAAGAAGCCAGCAGACAGAAAGCCAAAGAGACACGCUAAAAGCUAAAAAAUUGUGAUUCUUCAAGCUAAUACUUUGUUAAUUGCAUUUCCACGGGGAGAUACUUCUUGUCUUAGUGUUUCAUUUUUUCUUACUGCUUUGUAUACUAUCAUGAGUAUCCCAAGACCUGCAGAGAGCCUGAAGGCUCUCAACUCCACCCAAAACCCACUGGGAAGGCAGGGCCAGAGGGGAUUAACUUCAGAAGGCUACUGGAAGUCACAUCUCGCUCAAGCAGGUUAGUAAAAAGCAACACAGCAAACCAAUCAAGUAUAGUUAAGCUGUUCUCAUUGCCUAAAAGAUAACACAGCAGGACUUGUCCUGAAAUAUUUCUAACCGCAGGUUAAAACAACUGGCAGUGGCAUCAGGUUGUAACAAGUGCUGUAAAGCAGUACAGACCCCACAGUUCUGAGCAGUGUUAAGAACUUGAAACCAUUCUAGGAUAGGAGAUGGCAGCGUGGCGUUCUUUGUUUAAAAUAAAUUUGCCUCAGUAGAGAAAGGAACAUCUUGACUCUGCAUUAUACAAUGGCUCUCAAAACCUUGUUACUUGAGCAUCUGGUGUGUGAGAGGCAGCAGGAGCUGCAGAUACUGCACUUUUCCACUACCAGUUGUUAGAUCAGUCUUUCCCGUAAGUGCAGGAGAUUACAAUAUUUAAGCAAGAGGCAAGUUGUGCAUUUCAAGUUUUAUUUUACAAAUUUAAUUCCCUUUUGACUUCUUUAAAAAAGAAUAUGCUUUUUCUGUAGGUUGGUACAUGAUAGUGCAUGGGAGUGUGCAGCAACACAAGGCAGAUGCAAAGAAAGGGCAAAGCUAAAACGCCUGUUUCUCCAAGUGACCCUGCUCUUGGGCACUUACAUUCCUGAAAGGAAUUAGUAUUUGUAAGGCAAAGGGGUUUCUCCAGCUGGGACCAUGGUAACCGUGGCUGUGUUCCCUUCACACCAUUUCAGACUUACUUUAUCCAGUUACCAAAUACUUUCCACCACCAUAGUGACAGCCUUAGCAAUAGAACACAAAAGCAAAGGCUGUGCUCAAAGGCAGUAGAGCCACCCCCAUCAGCACUUCAGCUUGGCAUUAUAGAACCUGGAGCGCUUCUGGUGCUACAGAAAUUAGUAAUUGUUUCUCCCUGCUACAUUUUCACAGCUAUUUGAUAUAAGAGCUUACAGCCUAUCACACCACAGCCUCUGCAUAGAUUUUACCAUAUUCAGUGUGUGACCAUACCAAUAAACCUUUUGUUAUGAAAA